AUGAUUCCAGCUGCAUUAAGGCCGCCCAACCGGCUGUGGAAACCUGUCGAGGAAGGACGAGAGGAAGAUGUUCGGCGACUAUUACGCAACGAGAACAUUGAUAUCAAUGGUCAAGACCGUCAUCACCGCACACUCUUAUUGAUCGCCGCGGGCCUUUCAUCUUCUAAUAUUUUCAUAUUUCUUCUCGAGAAGGAUGAUACCAGGUUGAAUACUAAAGACAGAGAAGGCAACACGCCACUCAGCCUAGCUGUAAGGAACGGACACGAGGAUAUCGUUAGUCUGCUUCUCGCCAAAGACAAAAUCGAUGUUAAUCCUAGAGAUAUUAUCGACUGUACACCGCUCCAUGCGGCCGCAUUCCAUGGGCACGAGGCUAUUACUAAACUGCUGCUUGAUCGGCAUGACAUCGAGAUGAACCCCAGAAAUACAACGAACGAUACGCCGCUCCACGAGUCUGCAAGUAAUGGGCACGAGACUGUUAGUCGGCUGCUCCUUGCUCGGGAUGGCGUCGAUUUGAACUCAAGGAACAUAGCUGGCUACACGCCACUAUUCCGAGCAUUGUAUGGGGGGCAUGGGGUUGUAGCUGAGCUGCUGCUUGACCAUGCUGGUAUGGAUUUCUUCUUUAGUGGUUCGAUGGCCCUUGGCUACUCAUUCCUUUCAAAAGCUUUGGAGAACGGACUUCAGGGAACAGCGUCCAAAAUUCUCAACACUCAAAUCAGUAACAACUCGGAAAUUCCCGCUGGCCGCUCACCAUUAACUUGGGCCGCGGAGAAGGACCGGACAGACCCAAUGCAGCUUAUACUACGCAUGACCACCAUAGAUCCGAAUUCCUACGAUGCAGACGGUCGAACGCCGCUCUCCAGAGCCGCCGAGAACAACAGUGUUUCAGCGGUGCAUAUGUUGCUUGGGAAUAGUCGUAUUGAUGUGGACUUUAAAGACCUGGAUUCCCGUACACCGUUAUCCAGAGCCAUUGAGAAUAAGCACAAUAUCGUGGUUUCUAUUCUUGCUGGCCGUGACACUGUCACUCUGCACUCGCUAGUUCGGGAGGGAAAUCUGCCACUCAUGGAAAUCCUCCUUGAUAAUGGUUUCAAGAUUGAUACCAGGGACAGUGAGGGACAGACUUCACUACACCUCGCAAUCUCUCAUAAUCAUUUCGAUAUUGCUGAGAAACUCCUUUCCAGGGGCGCGGAUAUUAACGCUGAGGAUAGUUCUCUGACGAGGCCACUAUCGCUUGCUAUUCGGCUUAAGCGUUGUAACUUUGCUGACUUGCUACUUCGUAACUGUGCGUGUAUAAGAGGGAUUAAGGUUGAGAGUUGGCGAGCACUUUACACGAGGAUCCCACCACAAUUUGAUAUAUACAUCUCAGAAAGAGCGAGCGGGGCACGAAGAGUCGACUUUUCCAACACGGCCGAUGUGCUGGUAAAUAGAUCAGGGAUAGAGAGACUUUUAUGUCUCACAUCCACUUAUGAGGCUUGGUGGUUAAGCAUGGACCGUACUCAUGGGAUGUGGAUACCAUCCCCAACAACGCUCUCCAGUUUAGAAAACACAAUGCGAAUGGUUUCCAACUAUCGUCAUGAUAGUAAACACUCGACCGCUUUCGCCAUUGCGCUAGUGCCAAGCUUUCAAUUAGACCUGAAAAUGGGUCACAUCAUCAGCUGGGAAGGCUGCGGAGUUGGGUGGACCUUGGACGACUUCAAAAGAUCUAGCGGAUCUACUGGGAAGACAAAGGACCAUCGAUACUACAGCAUGCUGCAAGAUAGCUGGAUUCCUGACGAUGGUAUCGAACUCUUUGAGCAAUUCUUGGCCCCCUUAACGACUAGGUGGUUGGAUCUGUGUGAUCAAUUUGAGGAACAUCUGUCCCGUCUUCGCUUUGACCAGCUAGAGUCUCACGGGAAACGCCCAGAGACCAUAUCCCUUUUGGCCGAGAACGCUUUGCACAUCGCUAAGCUCCGCCGCUCUCUCCAAGGUCAGGUCCGUGGCGCAAGGCAAUUUACCAUGAACCUAGUCCAAUAUUAUGGAACAGGCAGGGAACAAGAAAUGGUUGCCAAAAUAAAUGUAUUUGCAGACGUAGGGCAACAGCUGCAAAGCUUGGAUCAAACCGUCAGGGAUUUACUGCAAUUGGAAUUCGCCUGGGUUUCAAUCAACGAAGCUCACAAGUCGACCAGCCUAGCAACCAGUAUGAAACGACUCAGCUGGAUUACAUUUAUUUUCCUACCAGCUAUGUUUGCCGCGAGUCUCUUUGGUAUGAAUGUGGAUAUACUGGAGGGUAAUCCUGACUGGUGGUGGUAUCUUCUUUUCAUGGGAUCCCUACUCUUUCUGACAACAGCGGGAUGGCUAUUCGCUAAAUACCUUGAGGUUGAGUCAUGGAUUGAAGCGCAUGUUGGAGAGGGGUUCAGAGUUUGGCUGGGGAAAGAAAACACGUAG